AUGCGGAGUCGCAGCCAGGAGUGGUGGGAUGUUGACGUGCUGCGCUUCUCUGACAAUGAUUUCGUCAACAACUUUCGGCUUACGAGAAACACCUUUACCUACCUCUGUGAGCGACUGCAUGUGCCACUGUCGCGGGUGGAAACGCAACUUCGGCAGCCAAUUUCCGUGAGUAAACGCGUUGCCAUCGGGCUGUAUUGGCUUGCAACAGGUGCGUGUUACCGCACAAUCGCAAACCUAUUUGGCAUAGCCAAGUCUACGGUGUGCUCCAUCGUCAGAGAGUUCUGCGAGGCAGUUCGACAGAUUCUGAUGCCAGAGUACAUCAAACUGCCUCGGGGAGCUGAACUCCAAGAGGUUGUGGAGGGCUUUGAACACAGAUGGGGCUUCCCCCAGUGUGGAGGCGCAAUAGAUGGGACCCACAUCCCUAUCCUUGCACCUGAAGACCACCAUGCUGACUACUUUAACCGAAAGGGUUGGCACUCAGUCAUUCUGCAGGGUGUUGUUGAUCAUCGAUACUGCUUCACCAACAUAAAUGUUGGAUGGCCAGGGAGCGUCCACGAUGCCAGAGUUCUCAGAAAUUCCCACAUCUAUUCACUGGCAGAGAGAGGAGAGCUUUUUCCCAUGGGGUGUCUCAAAAAGUGCUGUGUAAAAAACCUGUGUGUUGUUAUUGAUGGCAUUGCACUGAGUCCUAAUGAUGACUUAUCUGUGUACCUCAAGACCACUGAAGACAUCAUGGGUGUUGAGGUGCCCAUCCUGCUUCUGGGAGAUCCUGCCUACCCUCUGCGAACCUGGCUCUUGAAAGGGUACUCCGACACAGGAAACCUCUCAGCACAGCAGAGGUACUUCAAUUUGCGCCACAGCAGAGCCAGAAUGACCGUGGAGUGUGCGUUCGGGCGGCUGAAAGGGCGGUGGAGGUGCCUUGGUAAACGGCUGGAUGUGGACGUCUCCAUCAUCCCCACGGUCGUCAGUGCAUGCUGUACACUCUACAAUGUGUGUGAAAUGCAUGGGGAGGCCUACGAAGAACCCAGUGGAGCUGCUCUCAAUGUUGACAGAGGGCCUGAAGGAGGGGCCUUGCCAGAUGUGCAACCAGCAAGAGUGAUGGAAGCACUGACAACUGUUCUAUAG